UGCAAAACCAGAUGCUUUUGCUAGUUGAUAGUCGCUUCUGCUAGCUCUGUUCAUUUUGACUACAUUUCCUCUGGAGUAAGUAACUAGGCCGCAAGCUUCAGGUCACAAGUGUGAACUUCAUUCUUCAAAGAAGGUUGAUCGAAUCAAACCAUAAUGAUUGGUUUUCCUUACUUGGAAAAUAGUUUGUGUGGAUGUACUGUGAAACAAGGAUCGAAGAUAAUAGCAUGGCUCGCUGUGAUUUCUCACUUGAUUUUAUUCAGUUUGGAGGUUAUGGCCGCUAAAGUUGCCAUGGAUAUUAUGCCCGAUGGACAUCAUAAUAUGAUAGAUCCAAAAGUUAUAAUUAAAGCAGUCACAAUUUUCAUGGCUGUGGUUCAAGGGAUUGGCCUGGCUUCCGACCUACUUCUAGUGAUAGGAGUUUAUACGAAUCGAGCAGGAUUGAUGAAAGCGUGGAUUAUUAUUGAAUUGAUUUACAUAUUCUUACAAUUGUUGUCACUGUUUGAACAAGCUAAAUCUAUUUCUUCCCUCGGAAUGUACUUAUUCGGAUUUUGUAUCACUUACUAUUCAAUGGCGAUUGUCAACAGCCAUUGCGAGAACCUGAAAUCACAACAACUUGCGUGAACCUAACUAACAUCGGGGAUAAGUUAGUGAACUGAAUGUUGAACACAAAGAUCUUGAACUAUGGAAUACUUGAAUACAACAUAGGCCCUCAACAAAAUAAAGGAGUAACAUAAACGAAAGUAAAACAAAACAAAAGAGUUUCGACUGGUAGAAGCCAUAUACUAGUACAUACUAGCAUAGAGAAACUAUAGCAUAAGUAGAUAUCCCAUGGUAUAGGGCGUUUAUGUCGCAACUUUUAAUGUUAUCUCAAGCCGAUUACUGCCGAUUAUUGUCGGUUUUUGACCCCGAGCGAAGUGAGGUCUAAGAUUCAAGUCGACGGUUUGGCAUUUCUCUUAAUGUUUAAAUGUUUUAAUGUUUUUAUGUUGCGCAUUUACGGCGAAACACGGUAAUAGAUUUUCA